ACAUUCAACAGCAACGUCACCUUUAAUCUCCACAAUGGCGGAUAAAACAGUGCUGGGUAAAGGGUCGUCUUUCAUGGACCCUGUUAAAGGGCUUCUUUUGACAUAUUUUAUGCCGGAAUCAUGCUACGACGAGUUUUUCCUCAAUUUCAACUUCCUGGAUGUACCAUGUCUGAAGAUUGUUCUGAGCAAAGGUCUGGGCAUCGGCAUCAUCCUGGGAUCAGUGAUGGUGAAACUGCCUCAGAUCCUGAAGCUGAUGGCAGCAAAGAGCGCUGAGGGUCUGAGCUUCAAGUCUGUGCUGCUGGAGCUGCUGGCCAUCACAGGAACCAUGGCCUACAGCAUCGCCAACAAGUUCCCCUUCAGUGCCUGGGGCGAGGCUCUGUUCCUCAUGCUGCAGACUGUCGCCAUCGGCUUCCUCAUUCAGCACUACGGAGGAAGAACCAGUAGAGGUCUCCUGUUCCUGGUUGUGUACUUUGGCCUCCUGGUCCUCGUGCUGUCUCCAGUCACUCCCAUGGCUGUGGUUACGUCCAUGCAGGCCUCCAACAUGCCGGCCAUCAUCAUCGGCAGGCUGAUCCAGGCAGCCACCAACUACAGUAACGGACACACGGGUCAGCUGUCUGCUAUCUCUGUCUUCCUGCUGUUCGCUGGCUCCCUCGCACGCAUCUUCACCUCACUACAGGAAACUGGAGACUCCCUGAUGGCCCUCACCUACGUCAUAUCCUCAGCCUGUAACUGCAUCAUCACUCUGCAGGUGCUCUACUACUGGAACAGCUCCCCAGAUCGCAAGAAGAAGAAGAAGAAGAAGAGAGAGUAGGCAAAGGACGGAGCUAAACUUUUUUUUUUUCCAUGUCCAUCUUCAGACACUCAAAGAGAGGUGUCUCUAAAUCUUGACAGAACAAAUUGACACAUGAAUUGCAUGAACAGAGGCACAGGGAAUUCUGGGUGAUUGAAUCUGCUGGAUGAACACGUGACUGAAGCAGGGAUGUGAAGGUACCGAGCAGAUCUGUAGCACUGAUUUCUUCCGACAUUCCUCUUGAUGCAGUUUUCCCUCAGUAUAUUCCAGCUGUGUUCACACUGAUGUGUUCAACGGUUUGUGCAAUUAUUUUGUUACAUCGAGGGAAAAAUACUUCUUUGUAAAUGUCUUGAUCAUUGGAUGAUGUUCUGAAUGAUUUGUUGUUUGAUCAGUUCACAUAAACAUAAUUCCUCAUCAGCUCCA